CUUUUCUCUCUUUCUUCCUUUCUCUCUCCUCUUUCUUUUCUUCUUUUUCAUUCUUUCUCUCUCUCUCUCUCUCUCUCUCUUCUCAUCCAACCCUCAUCCGCCACAAUGCCUCCCCUCAAGCUCAACAGCAAGAAUCUCUCGCAAAUCUCCGCCUCCGCGACCGGUGCGACCCAGAUCAAGGUGCCAACCUAUGCGCGCGGGGCGGCCGUCAAGGAGGGGAUUGUGCACGUCGGGGUGGGCGGCUUCCACCGGGCGCACCUGGCCGUGUACGUGGACCAGCUGAUGCAGCAUCACGGGGUGACCGACUACGCCAUCUGCGGCGUGGGCCUGCAGCCGUUCGACGUGGGGAUGCGCGACGCCCUGGCCGGGCAGGACCACCUGUACACGGUGAUCGAACGGUCGGCGCAGGGCAGCUGCGCCAACGUGGUGGGCAGCAUCAACUCAUACCUGUUCGCGCCGGACGACCGCGAGGCGGUGGUGGCCAAGAUGGCGCACCCGGACACGCACAUUGUGUCGCUGACGAUCACGGAGAGCGGCUACUACUACAACGAGAACACGCACGAGCUGCAGGCCAACCACCCCGACAUCCAGGCCGACCUGCACCCCGACAACGCCCACGCCCCGCGCACCACCUUCGGCUUCCUCUACGCCGCCCUCGCCCGCCGCCACCAGCAGGGCCUCAACCCCUUCACCGUCAUGUCCUGCGACAACAUGCAGAAGAACGGCGCCAUCACCCGCCACAUGCUCGAGUCGUUCGCCCGCCUCCGCGACCCCGCCGUCGCCCGCUGGAUCUCCGAGCGCGGCCACUUCCCCAACGCCAUGGUCGACCGCAUCACCCCCCAGACCUCCCCCGCCGACAAGGCCGCCCUGGCCGACGACUUCCACCUCCUCGACGCCUGGCCCAUCGUCACCGAGCCCUUCUCCCAGUGGGUCAUCGAGGACUGCUUCUCCGACGGCCGCCCGCCCUUCGAGAAGGUCGGCGUCCAGAUCGUCAAGAACGUCCACGACGUCGAGCAGUUCGAGAUGCACAAGCUCCGGCUCCUCAACGGCAGCCACUCCGCCCUCGGCUACCCGGGCCAACUGGCCGGCUUCGCCUACGUCCACGAGGUCAUGGCCGACCCGCUCUUCGGCAAGUUCGUCUGGCAGAUGAUGCAGGACGAGGUCAAGCCCCUCCUCCCCCACAUCCCCGGCGUCGACCUCGACGUCUACUGCAGGACCCUCAUCGAGCGCUUCUCCAACCCCACCAUCAUGGACCAGCUGCCCCGCAUCUGCCUCAACGCCUCCGGCAAGAUCCCCCAGUUCAUCAUGCCCUCCAUCGCCGAGGCCAUCGCCACCACCCGCCCCUUCCGGAGACUGUGUUUCGUCGCCGCCGCCUGGUUCCGCUACGUCAACGGCGUCGAUGACAACGGCAACGCCUUUGUCGUCGAUGACCCCAUGCGCGACGAGCUGCAGGCCAAGGCCCGCGCCGGUGGCACGGACCCCUCCUCCCUCCUCAGCAUCAAGUCGCUCUUCGGUGAUGACCUCCGCGGCGAUAAGCGCUUCUUGCAGGAAAUCACCGCCGCCAUGGAGGAUAUCGCCCGCGACGGCAUCCUCAAGACCCUGCCGAAGUAUGUGGACUGAGACCCGUUGGACGAUUUGACUGGUUGGGUGGUGACUGGUUGAAAAAGUGUCGUUUGUCGAUAGCGUUUGAUUUCUGUCUGUGAUUGUCUGAUCAGGGUAUUUGAAAAGCAUAGAUCGGGUGGAUAGAUGUGUGUGUGAUGAGAUGAUGAUAGAUAUGUGAUUGGAUGAGUUAUGAGUGGUAUGGUAUGGUAUGGUUUGGUAUAUAGGUAUAAUCUUUGUCGAGAUUGGUAUAUUUAGUGGUAUAGGGUACAAAGCGUUUCGUGUUUAGUAUUCAGUUCAGUGUGCAGUUCAGCUUAUUAUCAUCCAUUACUGGAAUAUCUGCCCUAUCCUACGGCUCUGGUGGAGUUGCUACUACUAUAUUUUCUA